GCUCCGGGCAUGGCGGUUGGAUCUGGAUGUGAAGCAAACUGGGACUGUCUCGUUCCCUGACUUCGCGAAUGCUUGUCGCCGGCUUGGGCUACAGGGACAAUGUCGGAUGAUCUGGACAUCGCUCCGCCCGCUUGAUGACAAAGCGCUCGAGUUUGCUGACCUUGCACCCAAUGAAGCUGCUCACGUCGAGGCUUUUGCAGAGAUGAUUUGGGAGGCCUCUGGCUAUGACUUGGACAAAGCCUGGCGCUUGUUCGACUAUGACCAGAAAAACAAGCUGACAAAGGCAGACUUCGUCCAGAGUGCACGGCACCUGGGCUUCCAAGGCAGUGCUGAUCUGCUGUUCAAAGGCUUGGACGCAACAGGACUAGGCUGGGUGUGGCGGGAUGAUUUCGACUACAUCCCAAAGGUGUCGCAGGUCGCGCGGCAGAGGCUGCAUGGCGCUGAAGGACCUCUGGCUGGCCUGGUCCGCUUUGCUCAGCGCGAGAUGGGGGGCGCUGAGGAGCUGAUUUCGAAGCUUGGCCUUGGUGGCGCACAGAGCGAGGUCACAGUCUGCGAUCUUGCGGCCCGCCUGACGGCCCUGGGAUACGACGGAGAUGCACAGCGCGUGGCUGUGCAUGCAGCGAAGUGCGACAGUGGAAGUGGCACCAAUGUGUCAUCAGAGAAGCUGUACAGAAUUCUCAGUGCCCAGAAGAAAGAGAAACCCCGCGCUUCCGACCGGGCAGACGAACCAGCAUCAAUUUCUCCGAAUGUCUACAUGCGAAAGCGUUCUACUGGCACAGGUGUGUCGGCAAAGUUGCUUGCAAAGAAGAAGCCGAAGACCCCGGUGUCGCAGCACCCUCCAUGGAACAGCAGCAUGCAGGAUCUAAUAGGCGACUCGAACAAGCUGCACCCAAACCUCAGAAAGUAUUUCUCCGAUUUCGAUCCAGAAAACAUACGGAAGAAGCAGGCUGCAAGUCAGGCCAUGAAGGAGGCUGCAAAGACUUCCUCCAAGUUUUCGCCGCCAGCCAGGGCUUCCACGACUUCGAGAUCUACUGCAGCACGGCAGGCCAAGCCGAACUGGAUCACAUCCUUGCCGGCAGAAAGCGAGAACACACCAAGGGCGUGCAGGAGAUAUUUCCAAAGCGGUGAGCACAAGCCCGUAAGGGACGAAGUGCAUGACCUCCUGCGGAUGCGCGCAAACCACACUCCUGGCCUCCAAGACGGAGGCCUGACCCGGGCGCAGUGUCCAGUUCGCUUCUACAGACGCUCAGCAGCAUUCUCGCUGUUCUUUCGCUGGUCUUGUGUUGUCUACCAGCGCUGCCCCGGGCGGUGCGUCGAGCGCAGUCUGUUCCUGGCUGAGGGUGUCCGCAUUGGUUGGGUGAGUCCUGCGCCCCAAAGACCGGUUGAAGCCAAUUGGUCUCGGGAGUUUCACCCUGCGCACCUGCUGGAUUUUCAUGCUUCCGGGGUGCUGCCGCAACCGUUUGACAGGAGACUUCGCAUCCAAUCGGCCACGGCCGGAGCAGCUGUGUGUGCCCCGCGCCGUGACUGGGAGUACCAGGCUGUGCCGGAAAUAUGUGUGCUUGCCUUCCAUGCGUUCCUGCCCUCGCAGGCAGCUUUCAAGGAGGCCGCGGCCUCAGAGCCUGGUUGGGAUGGUUUCGGGCGUGGUGCCAGUUCCAACGAGACUCGGCGAGGUUUUCCUGGAGUGCUCGAGUAUCCAACCACACCUCUCUUCCUGACGAUGUCAGCCGACAAGCCCAAGGCUCCUGGAACCCAGCCGCGAAUCGGAAUUGACAUCGGCGGUGUGCUGACCCGGCAAGGCGACAGGACCUACAUGGGUCCCCUUGACGAGUGGGACACUACUUGGGAAGCCGACGGUGCUUUGGAUGCUGUGGGGAAGAUCGCACAGGUUUUCGGACCUUCCAAUACCUUUCUUGUGAGCAAGGUGAGCCCGGGCAAAAGCAUGCAUCGGCGAAUGGAGCAGUGGCUUCACGAGACCAUGGACUUUUGUGAGGUCACCGGCGUUCCCAAAGACAACAUCGUUUUCGUCUCGGCCGUCUCGGGGACUCAAGGCAAAGGAGUUGUCUGCGAACGACUUGGAAUCUCUCAUUUUGUGGACGACAAGAUCGAGGUGCUCAAGUCGGUAUUUGAGGAUGAGGCCAACUCCAUCUUUAGCCUAGCAAGAAUUGUGAAUCAGCUGAAACACGAGAGCCUGAAAAGCCUGCCACACCGCCAGCAAACGCUUUUCCGUGAUGCGGGUAUGGAAGCCGACACCGACGAUCCGGGGACCCAGCUUCAGCUGCCAAUCCAAAAGGCAGGACGUCCAUGGUUCAUCUCGGUUAGAUUGUCCUUCUCAGAGGAUCAUAACCAGAGCUCGUCCGCUUCAGCCUUGGAGAUCUUGCUCGAGGAGGCAGCAUGCCAGAAGCUUGUCGAGAAAGGCAUCUUGUGGACUCGCGCCGACGAGGCGGCGUUGGUUGGGCUUGUGUUGCAGGAUGAGCCCGAAAGCUUCCAGGUUGUCCUGAGACCCAUCACAGGAUGCAAGCUGGGAUUGGCAGUCAUGGAGUUCGGUCGAAAACUGUUGGUGGCCGCGGUCCACUCGAAAGGAGUGGUCAGCACCUGGAACGCGACUUACCCGGACCUGUCUAUUGAGGAGCGGGACUUAUUGGUUCAAGUGAACCACGCGACCGAGUACUUCGGCAUGGUGCAGCAGCUGCGGUUUUCGCAGGUGCUGCUUCUGAAGCUGCAGCGCCAGGUCACUACCCAUCCCCGUGCGCGCAAAAUGGGAGCCGCGGGUGGGUACUGGCGAAAGUUCAUCAGAUCUGGGCCACACAGUCCGUCCACCUGGAAGAGCGCGGCGAAAUGUGUCGUUGAACAUUUCGUUCAUCAAGAGCAUCUCUUUCUUGGAUUCUACGGCUACUGGAUCCUCACCAAUCGGACAUGGGCGGAUUGUCCCGUCGCCGGACAGACUCCGAUUCUCAGCCUCACCGUCAAGCAGCACAUCGAGCAAGCGGGUCAUACUUGGUACAUAGUCUCUUGUGAGCUGGUGCUUUUCAACGCCGGCGAGAGGGAUCUCUGGUCGCAUUCAUGCGGUGCUUUGUAUGUCGGCACCCUUGCUAGCUAUUCUCGGUUAUGUCUCAUACAUCUAAUUUCUAUCAUUUUCUAUGCCUUUGUCACCAGCGCGUGGUUCAAGGACGUUCUGAAGUGGGAGGCUCCGAGACGACUGGCGCAGUUGCGAACAGACUUGCACGAUCGGGUGAAGUUCGGCAUGGAGCCGAAGGAAUACAAGGCGCUCUUUGAAGAGGCUCCUUUUGCACAUGCCGGCGGUCCGAGCGGCACAACGUUGCGUUUGUCGAAUUGGAUGUCCGCAUUGGCGGCAUGUAUCAACAAGCUCAGCGAGUUGGGGCAGACGGCAUGGCAACCUUUCGAGUCUGAGUCUGAGGGCGUCUGCCAAGAUGUUCGACCUGGUCGAUUCUGGGCCUGGGCCACCACAUGUGCUCGCUGGAUUUUGUCGGGUGCUUUGCUGGCUGUUGCCGUGGCUCUCUGCACCCAGUCAGCCACGUUGCGGAUUGUUAUCCUUGCCAUUGGCCUCAUUCUCUGCCUGGUAGGAUUCUUCUGGCGUGCCUCUGCAUCACUCGUUUCUUGGACCCGUCGAACACAAGGGAUGAGAGCAGACGCUUUGGACCCUGGGGCUGGUACCAGCCUUCAGCGCUCAGAUGUGCUGACGGAGCGAAUUCAGCAGCUCAACACAAGGACGAGGAUUUGCACCAGAGAAGAGUGGGAGGAGGCGUACCUGCCGGACAUCCUCGGGGCAAACUGGUCAAGUCGAGUGUCCCUGGAGUGCAGCAUUUGCUUGGGCCAAAUCGCACCGACUGCGCGGGUACGGGGGCUUGGUUGUGGACAUAUGUUCCACCUCAAAUGCUUGGCCGACUGGUUUCUGCGGGACUCCACUCUGGAGUUGCGUUGCCCUCUUUGCCGCAUGAGGCAUUCGACUAGAGGGAUUGCGUGGUUCUGA